UAUCAGUUAGAAAUAUUAUUCUGGAUUUCUGUUGAGACAAAAAAUUAUUUACAACCUGUUGCUCUUACUAAUUCUUUUAAUCCACUAUUAGAAAUUCUUUUAGAAGAAAAUGAAGAUGAUAAUUAA